UGAGAGCGAGCAGGUGUGAGUGGUGACGUCACUGGCCGCCCUGCAUAAAAGCCGCAACGAGAGGGGGCAACAGUCGUCGUCAAAGCUGCAGACGUCUUUUUCAGAUUCCUCUUGCGUACUGACUCGACCGUGCAUCGCUUGCCAAGAUGAGCGACCUCCAUGCAGCCACCCUGAAGCUCCUGGCCACCUUCAAUGAACUCGCCUGCGACAGUGCUGUGAAAGAUUGUCUGAAGAAGGAAAAGUUCAGGAGCUUCCUAAAGGGGGAUAAGGGCAAGAGUCUGAUCCAGAAUCCCGUGGAUGGGUUCGUGGUGAGCCGCAUCCUGAGGGACCUUGGUGAUGACAAAGAUGGGAACGUCGACUUCCUCGAGUUCGUGAUCACGAUCACGGCCUUGAAAUUCUGCUGCCACCCAAACUUCCGAGCGCACCACGAGCGGAAUGGCAGGACCCACGCGCUGUGCGCAUUCCAAGUGUAACGCGCCUGUUGCAUGAUACGGAUACUAUGAAAUAAACCGUGUGAUCACAUCAACGUGGCGUGCUUGUGACCUUGAUACUCUCUAGGUAUAGAAUCAAGUGCAGUGGUUAUCCAUGCAAUGUCGACGAUGGACAGCUACCAGGAUGAGUCUAGCGAUAUGGAACGUGCCAGAAAUCCUUUUCCUGCUUGCAGUUCUGAUUUAAUAACUGGCAGGAUAAUUACAGCUGUGCCUUACCAAGAUGGUUAUCCCUGCAUUAGAUUGGUUGCAAUUCACGGUUUUGCCCAUUUGAAGUAAAAAUAAAGUUGUCUUAAACGUUUCGGU